UGAUCAAUUCAGGAAACCACCAAGAGCUGAUAUAGUCCUUCGUGGCAUUCGGGAAUGCGCCAUAGGCCCAUAGCUAACGCGAAGGGAUUUGAUUAAUUGUUCGGUUGCCUUUCUGCUGUCUUUUGCUUCCGCAGGUGCCAACCAUGUCCGCCGGCUCCCAUCAAUUCUCAACCACAGAAAGCUUUCUAUGCGGUGGCUUGGCAGCCUGCAUAGCUGUGACAGUAUCCAACCCCGCCGAGGUAGCCAAGACCCGAUUGCAGUUGCAAGGAGAGCUCGUCAAGGGCGGCGGUCUCAAGGUGUACAAUAAUGCUUUCGACGCCAUGAUAAAGACAUGGAGGAAUGAAGGUAUCCGCGGUAUGCAACGCGGACUAGGUGUAGCGUAUGCGUAUCAGAUCCCACUAAAUGGGUCCCGCCUAAGUUUCUAUGAGCCAUUUCGACGGACUAUCAAUCGUGUAUUUGGUUGGUCGAGUACAGACCAGAUACCUAUCACGUCCUUGGUGGCUGGCGCAGCCAGUGGUGUUGUCGGAGCUGUAAUCGGCAAUCCCUUGUUUCUCAUCAAGGCUCGUAUGCAGGCAUACUCGCCCGCUCUUCCUAUAGGAACACAACGCCAUUAUAAGAACUCUUUCGAUGCCCUAACUACAAUAUGGCGGACUGAGGGUAUUCGCGGUUACGUCCGUGGGAUGGAUGCUGCUAUUCUUCGUACAGCAAUGGGCUCAUCUGUUCAACUACCGACAUAUAACUGGACUAAGAACCAGCUCGUCGGACAUGCCAUUCUACCCGGUGACAGUGUAUGGACGUUUCUUGCGAGCAGCUCGGUUUCUGGUGUUUGCGUGUGCCUUGUCAUGCAGCCCGCCGAUACCGCACUCACGAGAAUGUACAAUCAGCCCACCACGAAAUUACCCGAUGGGAGGGUCGUAGGGGCGUUGUACAAGAGUCCAAUAGAUUGUCUGUGGAGAACCCUCAGAACUGAGGGAGUUCUCGGUUGGUAUAAGGGUUCACUUGCACACUUCCUGCGUAUCACCCCUCAUACGAUCAUAACCCUCACCAUGAAUGAUGUAAUACGAAACCUUUACAAGGAUUUUGCCUGGGGUAAGUCCUAUGUAUAACAACUCCUGCAUGCAUAGAUGGGAGUGCCUAUAUUGGGUGCUUGUUAGACAUGAGCUUUUGGCUAACUCGCUGGCUCGCUGCAGCUCGAUGUGUAUACCUUAUUUACAAGUCAAUAAUAGGCAGAGUUUUCGGGCAAGGCGUGUUAUGUGACUUCGGCAGAUCUGUUGCAAAAUUAGCCCCUCUGUUUCAAUUUGAUGCACUGAGUUUC